AUGGAAACUACAGAGAUUGUUGCUGAGAUGAACGUGGGGGGAUUUGUGAAAAGGAAUCUGGAGGUUGUUGAGUCCAGUCAGAAGUAUGGAGGUGUUGUUGAGAGGGAUGAGGAGCAGAUGGGCAAGAGACGCGUGAGAAAUGGGAAGGAACGGAGAAAAACGAACAGCAGUGACGUCACGCGCGGCGCUAUAACAGGAGGAACCCUCGCCUUUGUCACCCUGCUGCUGAUUGGUCCUGAUGCUGCUGUUGGUGAUGCUGUGAGAAGCGAUGUCAUGGCAAGUGGUGCCACCCUUCUUGCUGCCAACCAGUCAGACACCAUCCCCGACCCGAUAAUCCGCCCGCCCCCGACCAGCCCCUUCUCGCUCUCCCCCCUGCCGCCUCCCAUCCGCGGACCCAUCGUCCCCGCACCCCCCGCCCCGUGCUUCGGGGUCACGGUGGCCUAUGUGAUAGAGAGUAUCAUCAACAUCCCGUCUGUGUGGAAUGGGAGUGUGAAGCCGUAUGGGUUCAAAUCCAAGAUCGAGCUACUCAACACUGGCAAGAGGGACCUGGUGGGAUGGGAGGUGAGGGUGGAGUUCACUCGUAACGAGCUCAUCACGCUGCUGGGGAACACUCAAGUGGAGUUUGAGCUGCCAUACCCUGGUUCCGCGCUCCUAUUCUCCAGCAUUGAUGAUCAGAGCGACCGCCUCAUCACGGCAAUCCACGCGGGCGGCGACGUUCGGCAGUAUGUGGUGUUUGCGGAGGUGUUUGGCACGGAGUUUGGGGCGGCGACUGCUGGCAAGGCGCUCCCGCGCACACUGUACCUCACGACACCAGGCUUCCACUGUGCAUCCAACCGCCCUCAGUUCCCGUCUCCCAACAGGAUUCAGGUCUGCUGCAAAGAAACCGCCUAUCCGCCUCCCCCUCCUCCUCGCCCCCCUGCCCGCCUUCCCCCAGUCAUCCCAGCUUUAACGGUCCAGAUCGACGUGACAGCAGCGAGCGAUCUGGACCAUCAGAUGCUCGUCACGAUCCGCAAUCUGCAGGCGGACAGGCGUGUUGGGCCCCCAAGACACGAGCCGUGGGCGCUCAGCUGGCGAUGGACUCAGAAUGAGAUUGUAUGGGAGGCAUCUGGGGCACAGGCGACCCAACAAGGCAACUGCCAGCAGCAGUCCGCCUCCUCCGCAGUCUACGGGGCAGCCAUCGCCACCGCCCACUCGUGCUCGCCCCGGCCCACCUUUGUGGAUCUGCCUAGCGGGGCGUAUGGCAGUGAGAGUGGGCGGGACCUGGGGGCCACCCUGGGAGUGCGCCUCUCCUGCUGCAAGAACGGGUCCAUCGGGUUGCGCUCGUUUCCAUAUGGCGACCCUGCGCUUGCCCAGUACCAGGGCAACACCUCCUUGGCUCAGUUCCGCCUCCGCAUAGGCCGCACACGCCAGUUCAAAGCCAUUCCCUCCAUCGCUCCGCCGCGCAACCUCUCCCUCGGCCUCCCUGGAAUAGUCUGCUCUGCUGGUGUUCGCAUCGACUCCACCCAGUUCCCAGUCAACCCCUCUCGCAACCUAUCAGCGGUCGCCACGUGGCGCUACGCCUGCUACCGCGACCCUUCCUCCCCGCCUCCUCGCCCCGCCUGCUGCGUGUCUUUCUCAGCCGCUUUCAACAACACCGGCUCCCCUCAGGGCGCCUGGGUGUUCCAUCCUACUUCUCUCAUUCCCUUCCUCCUCUCCUCCUUUUCUCCACCUUACCUCAUAAUGCCCUCCCUACCUUCCCUUCUCCCUUCCUUCCCUCCUCCCCUCCUGCCCUCCUCCCCUCCUUCCCUUCCCCUCUCCCUCCUAUAUCCCUCACUUGGUGCAUUCAGAUACGUUCUGAGCAUCAUCAACCGGGGCAACAACAGUGUGUCUGACUGGGUAGCACUCAUCGCCCUCCCUUCCAUCGCCAACACCUCUACCAUCUACUCAUUCGGAUACGCCAAUGUGUCUGCCACGUCCCGCAUGCUCUACGGCUUCACAGGCAGCAACAGCUGGCUGGAGGGAACACCGUCUCCCUUCAAGGGGAAGAGCUUUGGCAACGUGCAGAGCAUUUUCAAG